AUGGCAUCUGAAGCCCCCAAAGAUCUCCCCGUGCGGCCUGCCGCCGAGGCACAGGCCAACGACGCCGCUGCUGCCCCUCCAAAAGCUGCGAAUAACAAAAAGCAGGCCCCGCCCACCGAUGCCCUCCCAGAGGUCAUGAUCGAGCGAAACCGGCUCUUCGAGGAGCUCUGGCAACAAUACCUGGAAGAGACCAAGAACCGCCCCCACCCUGAGAUCACCGUUUCGCUAGACAUUGCCUUCGAGACCACCCCCGGAUCAUUCCUGCGCGAUGUGCCUAAGGAUCUGAGCGCCAACAUUGUGAUUGCCAAGGUCGACGGAGAACUCUGGGAUCUGAACCGGCCUUUGGAGAAGGACUGCAGCGUUCUGCUUUUGCCGUUCAGUAACCCCGAGGCCCGCGAGGUGUUCUGGCACUCCAGCGCUCACACUCUGGGUGAGGCAUGUGAAUGUGAAUAUGGGUGUCUGCUAUCCCACGGACCCCCUACCCCUCAGGGUUUCUUCUACGACAUGGCCAUGCCCGACGGACGAGUUGUCCGUGAGACUGAUUGGAAGGCACUUGACACUCGGGCGGCACGCAUUUUCAAGGAGAAACAAAGCUUCGACCGAUUGGAGGUUUCCAAGGAGAACCUCAAGAAGAUGUUCGCGUACAGCAAAUACAAGCUGCACUACAUUGAUAAGCUCGUCACCGGUGAGAGCAGCACCGUCUACCGCUGCGGUACUCUUGUCGAUCUCUGCCGAGGCCCUCACAUCCAGAACACCGGCAAGAUCAAGACCUUCAAGAUCAUGCAGAACUCAUCUGCCUACUUCCUGGGUGACCAGUCCAACGACUCCCUGCAGCGUAUCCGUGGUGUUGCUUUCCCCGAUAAGAAGCUCAUGGCCGAGCACUUGAAGUUCCUGGAGGAAGCCGAGAAGCGUAACCACCUGAAAAUUGGCAGGGAGCAAGAGCUAUUCUUCUUCGACGAGGUCUCCCCCGGUUGCCCCUUCCUCCUCCCCAACGGAACCAAGAUCCUCAACCAGCUCCAGUCUCUCCUGCGUGCUGAGUAUCGCAAGCGUGGCUACCAGGAGGUCCAGACGCCCAACAUGUUCGAUGUUGGCAUCUGGAAGACGUCCGGACACUGGGCUCACUACAAAGAUGAUAUGUUCAAGUUGGAUGUCGAGAAGCGUGAGUGGGCCCUCAAGCCCAUGAACUGCCCCGGUCACUUCGUUCUCUUCGGUCACCGUGAGCGUAGUUACCGUGAGCUUCCUAUGCGUAUUGCAGACUUUGGUGUCCUGCACCGCAACGAGGCCUCCGGCGCUUUAUCGGGCCUGACCCGAGUGAGGAAAUUCCAACAAGACGAUGCUCAUGUGAUCUGUGAGAAUUCCCAGAUUAUGACUGAAGUCGAGGGUCUGUUCGAUUUCUUGCAGUCCAUCUACGGGCUGUUUGGCUUCACCUUCAAGUUGAAGUUGUCUACCCGCCCCGAGAAGUACAUGGGUGCGUUGGAGACCUGGGACUACGCCGAGGAUCAGCUCAAGCAGGCCUUGAUGAAGUUUAAGGGUAACGAUUGGACCAUCAACGAGGGUGACGGUGCCUUCUACGGACCCAAGAUCGACAUUACUAUUGCCGAUGCUCUCCAACGUGAGUUCCAGUGUGCCACCAUCCAGCUGGAUUACCAAGCCCCGAUCAACUUCAAGCUGGAGUACAUGACCAACGAGGGUCAGACCGAACCGGCCAAGGAGGGUGAGACCAAGAGCGACGAGCUCGCGCCCGGCCGUGCCCGCCCCGUCGUCAUUCACCGUGCCAUCAUUGGCAGCUUCGAGCGGUUCCUGGGUAUCUUGAUUGAGCACUUCGGUGGCAAGUGGCCCUUCUGGAUCAGCCCUCGCCAGAUCCUCAUUGUUCCGGUGAUGCCUGCCGUGAACGACUACGUUGAGGAGCUGCAGCAGAUCCUGCGGGGUGAUAAGCUCAAUGUCGAUAUCGACAUUAGCGGCAACACCAUGCAGAAGAAGAUUCGCACUGGUCAACUGGCUCAGUACAACUUCAUCUUCGUUGUCGGUGCCUCGGAGAAGGAGUCUCGCACCGUCAACAUCCGCAACCGUGACGAUCCUGCGACUCAGAAGCAGGGCGUUAUGGUUGAGUUGGAGACGGUCCGGAGCCAGCUGAAGGCUCUGCGCAAGGAGCGUCGUUUGGAGAACAUGCUCUGA